UCUGAAGGUGCCUUAUCUGACAAGGAUACCGAUGUGUGUGAUUCGAACCCAUGCCAGAAUGGAGGCUCAUGUGAGAAGAGUUUUGCCAGCUACACAUGCCACUGUUCAAAUGAGAACCAAAACGGCAUCGUGUACGGAGGCCGGAACUGCACUCAGGUCCUGGUAGGCUGUAGGGGGCGCCAGUGCCAUAAUGGGGGAACAUGCUUCCCUUUCCUGAGUGACGAAGUGCAUGUCUACGAAUGCUUAUGUCCUAGUGGCUUUACAGGCACCUACUGCCAAGAAUCCACCACAUUCUCCUUUGAGACCAAUGGUUACGUCCACCUUGAGACAUCAACCCCAGAUACAAAAGCGGACUUGAACGUGACCCUCAGCUUUAGAACCCUGCAAGGUGAGGGACUGCUGUUUCAGCGGGAUGUUGGAGGAUUACUGCAUAGGCUGCAGCUGUCCAGAGGCCACGUGCAUCUCAGCCUUCUGGAGCACAGUGAACCUGCAGUGUCACUGGCGCUGCCACAGAACGUGACCGACGGCUGGUGGCACACCGUUGAGAUCAUCCUGGGGCAGGAAGGACUAAGUGUUGGGCUACUGGAUUCCUCAUGUCAGGAGGACUGCGAGAACCAAAUGGCUGUGAAGAGCAACUGGACGCAGCUGGAACUGACACGUCGUAGCAUGUUCAUCGGUGGGGUUCGGGGGGAGGGUGAAGCCGGCCCGCCGCAUUUUAUCGGCUGCCUGCGGGACCUGCGCGUCGACGAUGUGCCACUGGUGCCGGUGCAUUGGCCGAAGGGGUCCACAGAGAGCCUCACCCAUGGGUGCAUAGAGAGGGACCGGUGUGUGGACGACCCGUGCCAGAGUAGGGGCACAUGCCAUAAUCAGUGGCUGAGCUACAAGUGCGAGUGCGACAGUCCCUUUGAAGGGCAAGAUUGCUCAGAGGAGAAUAUCGCUGGGAGGUUUGGGGAUGGAGAACUGGAAAGCUAUGCUGUUUUCACUAUUGACGACGACCCCGGACAGGACAUUGUGCUCAGCAUGCGGGUGCGCACGCGGAGGCGGAGCGGGCUGCUGCUCGCCCUCGUCAAUAGCAGCGGCUCCUACCUCCGGCUAUGGCUGCAGGACGGCAAAGCCACAGUCCGGGCCGAACGUUCCCCGAGCCUCACGGGACGGCUGGCGCUGAGCGACGGGGCGCUUCAUCACGUAACCGUGAGAGUGCAGCAGGACCAAAUGGCGCUGUUCCUGUCGUCCCAGAAGCAGGGGGAGGUCUCUGUUUCCAUGCCACCGGUCCGGUCAGGAGACGCGGUUUACCUCGGGGGACUGACAGACCGGCGCUCCAGCGCCUCGUUUGGAGGUUAUUUCAAAGGAUGCAUCCAGGACGUGCGGAUAAACUCCCGGCGCCUGCAGCUCUAUCCCAUAGGCGCGCCAGUGAGCUCCUAUGCCCUGGAGCGCCUUGUCAACGUAACGCAAGGCUGUGCAAGCGACAGCACCUGCAGAAAUAAUCCGUGUCAGAAUGGGGGGGUUUGCUAUCCCACGUGGGACGGCUUCACGUGCUCCUGCCCCUCGCAUGCUGCCGGCCAGCUCUGCGAAGAGGCGACGUGGUGUGAGCGGUCCCCCUGUCCGCCAGCCGGGGUCUGCCGGCCCAGAGCACAAGGCUUCGAGUGUUUUUCCAAUGCAACGUUUUACGAUGAUAGCGCUGUCAUUUCUUACAAAGGCAAUGGCAAGAUCUCUCGAACUCUCAGCUACAUCUCUUUUCGGAUUCGGACAAGGAAGCUCAACUGUGUCAUUCUGCAUGCUGAGAGGGGCCCUGAGUUUGUCACGGUCUCCAUCCAAAACUCUUAUCUCCAGUUGGAGUUGAUGACUGGCCCAGAUGCCUCCCUCAAACUGACCCUGAAGAGCCAGCACGCCAUCAGCGAUGGUGAAUGGCACUCAGUGGAGUUCUCUAUGCUGGUCCCCUCAUUGCCAUCUUCCAAAUGGAUUGUCAACGUUGACGGCAAAGGGACAAUCUCCAGCGUCAGAUCUGGGAACCUGGAUUUCCUGAAGGAUGAGGCUGACAUUUUCUUGGGUGGCUUUGGAGUCGACGUUGGCGGUAGCCUUGCCGGGUGUCUGAGUACAGUGGAAAUUGGCGGAAUAGCACUGCCCUACCAUGGGAACAGUGAGGUGGACAUACCAAGGGUCCAAGACGAGCAGUUCCUCAAGAUGUCCCCCAGAGCAGUUCGUGGUGGUUGCUCGGGGGCUGAUGUCUGCGUGGCCAAACCUUGCCUGAAUGGCGGCGUCUGUCAGGACCUUUUUAACCUCUUCAGCUGCACUUGCCCGUCAGGCUGGAUGGGACCACGCUGUGAACUCCACACAAACCCAUGCUCCAUCAAUCCAUGUGCCCAUGGCAACUGCAGCGUUCACUCCCUGGGGUACCAGUGCAUCUGUGAUGCUGGUUAUACUGGGGCUAACUGCGAGGAGAAGACAGACCCCUGUCUGCACCAUCAGUGUUCAUACGGAGCAACGUGCCUCAGAGGAAUCCAUGGCUACUCUUGCCUCUGCCGUGAUAACAGCACUGGAAAAUACUGCCAUGAGAAGAUUAAAGAACUUCCUUGGUAUAUAGACAAGAUCCGCCGCCCGAAGCUUCCAGUGUCCGUCUGUGGAAACGAGCACAGGAACUACACGUGUUUCAAUGGAGGUAACUGUACCGACGGCAUCGCAAGCAUGUGCAGCUGCCGGCUGGGAUUCACAGGUCACCGGUGUGAGACGGAGCUGGACGAGUGCAGGUCAGACCCCUGCCUUAACGGGGGCUAUUGCAGGAACCUGCUGAACCGUUACCAGUGUUUGUGCCACAUCAGCUUCGCCGGAGAGCACUGCGAAGUGGACCUCAGCGACAUUUACUUUUACGUGUCUCUGCUGCUCUGGCAGAACCUCUUUCAGUUGCUCUCCUACCUGGUCCUACAUCUUGAAGACGACGCAGAGGUUGAAUGGGGGGUCGACGACGAAUGACACAAAGUCACCAUAUAUCGAUCGAUGUUUUAACGUGCGUUUAUAUAUGUCAAAUGAUACUGAAUUUAAGUAUUCAUGGAUUAUCAUAUAAUAAAA